UACAUACGAAGUAGCAACUGCGGGAAAGAAAACCAAGGGCAACGCAACAGCCUCCCUCGCUCUCCAGGUCGAAACCUUCUUCAAUUUUUUUUCUACAUAAUUCAACAUGAUAUCACCCAUCUCCUCCUGUGUUUUUAUCCAUGAUGUAUACUUUUCUCUUGUCUAGCCGACGACAUCAAAACAACCUAGGCUUCAACGUCCAGUUUGAGCGGACGGUCCAGGAACUCUCCUCUGUACAGAAUAGCAUGUGAUUGGGUGCAGAUACCAACGCCAAGGUUCGUCACCAAAGAGCGGGCUCUGAAUCACGUCAAACUUCAAUCCACUCAGCUGUUUGGUGCACCGACCUACACCGCCACCAAGCAGAAUUAACUGAACAACCACCAUUCUAAAUCAAUCAAUAUGACCGAUAUAAUGGCGCAACCACCCCAAGCCCAGGCUGGCACCUCCCAGCCCUUCGUCUCGAAAUGGGCGUCCAGGUACCGCGGGGCCACAGUCGAAGACCUGGACCCCCCCGCCGCCCUCUCCCUAACCCCGUCAGACCAGAUCUCGACGGCGCUGAUGUCGGCGUUCGAGCGGGACUACACGCACCUGACCGUGACGGACUCGGCGACGCGCGCGCUGCUGGGCUACCUGUCGAUCCCGCACCUGCAGGCGCUGCUCGAGGCCGGCCGCGUGCGGCCCGAGGACGAGGUCCGCACCGCCAUGGUCCGCUUCCGCCGCCGCGGCGCCAAGUACCGCGUCAUCACCAUGGAGACCCCGCUGGAAGAGUUGGAGGCGUUUUUUGAGGGCUGCGAGACGGGCGGGCAGAAGCAGGAUUUUGCGGUUAUUACCGAUUCGGCGAGGAGGUUUGUUUUGGGGGUGGCGACGAGGGAGGAUUUGGAGGAGUUUGUUAAGCGGAGGCCUGCUUGAGGUCCCAGAGGGUACCCGCGCGUUGGAGGUUGGGAGAGGGGCGUGGAAGAGGACGCGGAGAAGGAGAGGCGGAGAAAGGGGGUACGGAUUAAGAGUUGACUAUCAUCAUUGACCGGCGUUGGGCUGUGCAUUUGGUCGUUUGUGGGGAGGUGGGCUGGCGGUAUAGGGGCAUUCAACAUGGACGGGGAACUCAGGAAAGACAGGCGGACAAUACCCAAGGCUGGAUGGGAGGCUCAGAUUCCUUCCCCUCGGAGCUCACGCUUAGGCAUUAUUUCAUCAACAAUUCCA